UGUUGAUCAAGGUUACGUAGGAUUGAUUUCACGAUUUGGGCAAUUUUACAAAUCUGUUGAUCCGGGGUUGGUCAAAGUAAAUGUCUUUACGGAAAAACUCGAGAAAGUUGAUGUCAUGGUGAUUAAUCCCUAUCAAGCUACCUUUGGUAUUACUAAUGUUCAAAAAGCCCUUUAUGAUCG